UUGACUUCUUCAAGUUGUGUUGCUCGAGCCUGAAUUCAUUUCGAGCGGCUUCUAAGUCUGAAUAUACUGCAUCCCCUGAGCCGAGCGAAAUCCCACCAAUCAGGACCGCCCAUCAUGUCUACCGACCGGAAGUUCGACGACCUCCACAAGCAGCUCUUCGAAGAGGGCCUCAAGAUGCGCCGCAGUGUGGUCGGCAACGAGUAUGUCGAUCGAGCACUGGCCAAUGGUUCAAGCGAGUUCUCCAGGGCGGGCCAGGAGCUGGUUACUGAGUGGUGCUGGGGCUACGCGUGGACCCGACCCGGUCUCUCGAAGCAGCAGCGCAGUCUGCUCAAUAUCGGCAUGCUCAUGGCCCUCAAUCGGGCGCCCGAGCUGGCCGUCCAUAUCCGCGGCGCGCGAAACAAUGGCCUCUCCGAGCUCGAGAUCCGGGAGGCCAUCCUCCACGCGACCACAUACUGCGGAGUUCCCGCCGGCGUCGACGCUAUGAAGACGGCCGAGAAGGUUCUCAACGACAUGGCCGAGAAGGGCGAGAUGGCGCGCGAGAUGUCCCAGAAGAGCGACAAGGCUUAGAAGAAUACCUAGGUACCAUAGAUCGCAACACGGCUUGGGUACGGGUGGCACGGUCCUUGUCAGUCGACCAUCAGGAGCAAGUGAAGCGAGGCCCCACAACGGUGCCUUCGACCUCAAC